AUUCCUAAUCGUCAAUAUUUUCAUUUUUGUUUCAGUUACUUGUGGAGUUGGAGUAGAUUUUGCUUUUGAUGGACACCAACUUGGUUUUUACGUUUUGUUUUUUUCAGCAAUAAUUUUUCUUCUAGAAAUCGAAUGGAUAAUAACUUUUUUUAUUAAAAUUUGUCAAAGGGAUGAUGAAAAUUUCGAAAUUCGCCGCUGGUCUUUAACACUUGCAACUAGAAGUGGCUGGCGCAGAGUAAUAUUUUAUCUUCCAAUAGCUUGUCUUCUGGCUUGGAAAUCCUUCGAGCUCUGGCUUUCAUUUUUUGACGCUGGAUUACUUGUAAUUUUAUCAAUGAUUCAUUGUGCACUUAACAUAUUAAACAUUCAGUUUGCGGGUCAAGCUCAACAAGCAUCAAAUUCAAUGAGUGAAAGUAUUUUACAGCCACCGUUGAACUGCUACAAUCAGUUUGACGAUAUUUUGGUAAGUGAAUUGAUUAAUAAAUUUUUUAACUUGAUAUAA